AUGGUCCAGCCAGAAGUCAGCGACGACGUCCGCGUUCUUGGAUAUGAUCCUCUCAUUCCGCCCGCGCUCCUCGCCUCCGAGCUCCCCGCCUCCCCAACCUCCCUCGAGACCGUGAUCCGCGGCCGGCGCGAAGCGGCGCGCAUAACGACGCAAGCCGACGACCGCCUCCUGGUCAUGGUCGGCCCAUGCAGCAUCCACGACCCCGCGGCAGCAGUCGAGUACUGCACGCGACUGAAAGCCUUGUCCGAGGAGCUCGAGAAGGACCUCUGCAUCAUCAUGCGCGCCUACCUCGAGAAGCCGCGGACGACGGUCGGCUGGAAAGGCCUGAUCAACGACCCGGACAUCGACGAGAGCUUCCAGAUCAACAAGGGCCUGCGGGUCAGCAGGAAGCUGUUCUGCGACCUUACGGCUACGGGGAUGCCGAUCGCGAGCGAGAUGCUGGAUACGAUCUCCCCGCAGUUCUUGGCUGAUUUGAUCUCGCUGGGCGCGAUUGGUGCGAGGACGACGGAGAGCCAGCUGCAUAGGGAGUUGGCGAGUGGCCUAUCCUUCCCGAUUGGAUUCAAGAACGGCACGGAUGGCAGCUUGGCGGUUGCGGUGGAUGCGAUUGGCGCGGCGGCGGCGAAGCACCAUUUCAUGGGUGUGACGAAGCAGGGGCUGGCGGCUAUUACGAGGACGACGGGGAACGAGCACUGCUUUGUGAUAUUGCGUGGUGGAACGAGAGGGACGAACUAUGAUAAGGAGAGCGUGAAGCAGGUGCGGGAGGCGCUGAGGAAGAAGGGACAGAGGGAAGUUAUGAUGAUUGAUUGUUCGCAUGGCAACUCGAACAAGGACCACCGCAAUCAGCCCAAGGUAGCCAAGACCAUCAGCGAACAGAUCCGCGAGGGUGAGACGGCUAUUGUGGGCGUCAUGAUCGAGUCGAAUAUCAAUGAAGGGAGUCAAAAGGUGCCUGCGGAGGGGCCGUCUGGGCUCAAGAAGGGCGUAUCGAUUACUGAUGCGUGCAUUGACUGGGACACUACCGUCGGAGUUUUGGAAGACCUCGCUGCUGCAGUGCAGGAACGGAGAGAGAAGAAGUCGAGCGCGACCAAUGGCGCCAAUGGUACGCACUGA